CAGGUGAACGGCCCUUUGCCUGUGACUGGCCUGGCUGUGACAAGAAAUUUGCCCGUUCUGAUGAGCUGGCCCGCCACCACCGGACGCACACAGGCGAGAAGCGGUUUCCCUGUCCCCUGUGUACCAAGCGCUUCACCCGCAGUGACCACCUGACCAAGCACGCCCGACGCCACCCUGGCUUCCGUCCGGAACUACUACGACGACCUGGUGCCCGAAGCGCCUCUCCCAGCGACUCACUGCCCUGCAGCCUGGCUGGCAGUCCUGCACCAAGCCCUGUCCCUAGCCCAGCUCCUGCCGGCUUGUAGAGCCCUGGUCUGUCCACCCUGAGAGUGUCCUGCUUACUAGGCCUCUGCAGGGAUUUCCAUUAAGGGACACAUCUGCCCUCUGGAGAGCCCGUGUCCUGGAGUCCCAGCCCACAUCAAGGAAGCGUCAGGGGACUGAGAAUGGACUUGGGUCACUGGGGGCCCCAGAAGGUGGCCUCUGUUUCUGUCUGUAAAUAGCCAUGAUUGUCCCAUCCCCUCUGUAGGGACCCCCAAGCGGGCAGUUGGCAGGUCCUACAUGUCCCCUUCUGCCACCUUCUGCCUUCCCUCCUGGGUGGCAUUGGGCACGAAGCCACAGUCCUGCUCCUUAAUCUUCAGCCCCUAGUCACUCCUCCAGGUUGGGACACAGGUACAUAGAGCCAUAGGUUACCGGGGCUUCCCGUGGGCCCCGGCCUGUCCCCACCCCACUGAAAGCCAUUGGCGGAAGUUCAGGGAAACGGGGGGUGCAGCUUGGCUGACCCCCCCCCCCCAACAUGGGUACUCAAAUCUCAGGUGUCCACAGGUUCUGCCCUCAAUAAGGGCCACCCCACAGCCCCAGCCCUGGAAAUAUAGGAGACGCUGCAGUUUUCAGGAGAAUUUAGGGUUAGGGGGCACAGGCGGAGUGUGUGGGGGUCCCCUCAUAGAGCAUCACCACUCACUUUGGGGUGCGGUGCUGGGCGGGUGGGAAACAAAUUAUUUAUUGUCCUCUCUGACUAUUGGCAUGGGGGCCUGUUCCCCCAUCUGGGUGUGUGUGUGUGUGAGAGAGACAGCGGGUAUCUAAUGCCUGGGGCCCUGCCUCCCCACACCAGUGGGCUGAGGGUCCCUGAGUUUGGCCUUUGGGGCAUUGCGUCUCAGACAAUCUUCUAUAGGACCUGUGUGGUCAUCAGCCUAGGGAAGUGGGGCUCUGCCCUGCCUUCAUGUCCUCCACACUCCUGAGUGUCUGCAGAGGUGGUCUUGGGACUCCAGGACUGGAAGCAGGGGGCUCAGCUCCUGGGUCUUCUGGGAUGGCUUGGUUUUUUUGGUUUUUUUUGGGGGGGUGGAAUAGACUAUUUUUUCAGGCUCCAGUUCCUUGUUUCGGGGGUCCCUUUGUGUGGCCGCCGUCCUCAGGGGUAUAAGUGUUAGAGGGUAGGAUGGGGAGGUCUCUCCCGGAACAGUCUGUCUUGGGGUCUGCUUCUUGCUGUGGCUUGGAGUUCCCCUUCUUGAAAGGCAACUAGGGACCCCCCUCAAGGAUUUGGGGGCCCAGAGAAAGUUGGGCUGCCCCAUAUUGGCUGUAGGAGGUUUCUGGCAACCCCAUUUGUUCCAGAAUCUUCCAUCAUCCAAUGAGGGAGGCUUUGGGUGCCACCACCUUUACCUGAGCCUACCUGGAGGGAGGCCUCCCUUCUGGAGCUGGGCUCGGAGGGUCCUAGGCCAGCUGCCCUCCCAGGUACUUCCAUCCGCCCCUUCUCUUUGGCCACAGAAAUGAGAUGCCUUAGUUGGUGGGGUGGGGUGGGAGUUGAGGCCCCAUUCUUUUGUGUCUUCUGGAUGUAUCUUGCUUCAUCCCAGCUCCUGCUGGUCCCCUGCCCUUCCUGCAAACAGGGGAAAGGUCUGUGGUCCCAGGACCUUGGGAGAAAACUCCAUAAGCAAGCAGAGCUUUCUUGGUAUCCUUACCCUUCUCCUAACUUCAGGUUCUGGUUGGUCACUGGAACUUGGGUCUAACCAUUGAGGGGUAGUGUCUGCGGCUCAGGCAGGACAAGCGUUCUAAGAGAUUUGUUCUUUUUUGGGGGGAGGCACCCCUCCUCCAUUCCGCCUGGCCUCUCACCCUUGUAUUUAAUUAAAGAAGCCCCCUCCUUUUUUUAAAAAAAAAAAAAACCUG